AGUUUCAAAAUGGCGGAAAAUGAAGAUCCGCACGUUUUGGACAUGUCCAAUCGAGGACUCAAAAAACUCGAAAAAAGGGAUGGCGUCGGUAUCGAGAAGUUGUUUCUGGACCACAACGAGCUUUCCAAGUUGGAUAAUAUUGACUGCUUCCUUGACGUCCAAAAACUCUCUGCCAGCCACAACCAGAUCACAAGGAUGUACUCGUUGGCCAGGUUAUCGCAACUCUCAAGCAUUGAUCUGUCAAACAAUCUCAUUACCUGCAUUGAAGCGCUCAAGGAUCUUAAGUACCUGGUCUCCGUAAACCUCUCGAAUAACAGGAUAAAGAGUCUGCAAAGCAUCCAGUACUCUACUACCCUUGUGUACCUCGACUUGUCCGGGAAUCUGAUACCUUCACUGAUCGACCUCACGUCGCUGACUCGGUUAAAAACACUACUUUUGAAGAGAAAUGAGAUUACGACUCUACAGAAGGCACAAGCAUACCUUCCGAGCGGGCUCUGCGUUUUCUCAGUUGCGGAGAACAAGAUUACCGACCUUACAGAGGUGUCCUUCCUUUCGCAUCUCUCAUCUUUGGAGAGCUUCUCCAUUGGUGGGAACCCCUGCGUCAACAUGACCGGAGGCAUUGUGUAUCCUUUGCAGGAUUCCUUCUUGCCUGUUUUAGGCAUUCCCAUUCAAACCACUCUCGUUAAAGAUGUGGACAAAAAGAGUGCCGGGGUUGCAAUCCGCUUGAGACCCUACGUCAUCAACUGGUGUCUCGGUCUCAGAGUCCUGGAUGACUUUGUUGUCACGCAGAGAGAAAGCCUAAAGGCCGAGUGGUUGUACAGCCAGGGGAAAGGGCGCUGCUUCCAUCUGGGUGACCACCUGGUGCUUGUUGAGUACCUGUCACAAGUAUGCCCACUCACUGGUGCCGACCAGAUAAUCUUUUCACGGGGUUAG